CCCAUUCAUCACUCCAUUGAUACACUGGUAGGACCUUACCUCGAUCUGCUCUAUAGAUCAAUCAAAUCCAUCGAAUUGUUGUUAAUUACUGUAAUCUAUCAACUGAAACAAACAAUGGCGUCGCCGGUGACUGCCGAAGAGCACUCUAACACGAAAUCGGAGGAAGGAACCACGGCAUUCCAUAAGAAAAGGUCUCGGCGUGUGAGCUUUGCGGAGAAUACCUCGGUUCACAUAUUUGACCGAGAUGAAGAGACACCUCCGGACCCUAAUGCUCCUAGCUCCCCCUACGAGGACCUAGGGUUUUCUGAUCGAGAUGCUAAGCUGAAGCAGUUUUUCGGAAACGAAGAAGACGACAACGAAGAUGAUGAUACGGAUGAACUCGGUCCAAGGAGUCCGUUUUUUCGGGUGGUUCGGUCACCGUCCUCCGGUGGAAGCACUAUUGGUUCCGCUACCUCCAACGAUGAAGAUAAUUUUUUUGGUCUUGUAUCUGCAAAAUUUAUUAAAAGAGAUUUGUCAGACUCUGUCACAUCAAAUGGGAAUCAUGAUCAAACCAUGGACUCCACAUCAUUUUCAAUGCAUUUCAAUAGCAUUGCUAGAUCAGACUCAGAAGCAGAUUUGAAAACUUCCACAGGGGUUGAUCACCUUUCUUUUGAGGAGAAAACCCCAACAAGUUCCAUGCUACUCACACUGAAUAAGAAGCCAAAUUUUCAACCUGAUGUUUCUACCUCUAAAUUCAGCAUUGAUUCUCAAUCAAAUGACAUGAGUCUUGUUGGAGAAUAUCACAAUAAGUAUGACUAUGGGAAGCUAUCAAUAUCACCUGCAUCUGAUGCACACAAUGAUUUGCAUGUGGUCUCCCAUAUUUCUGUGCUAAAGUCACCUCUUAAAGAUGGAAAACAGUUUUUAGCAAACAAGGAAAACAAGUCUGAUAUCAUGGAUUUUAGUUAUGUGGAAGAUAAAACCAAGAAAGCUGUCAAAGAUUCAUUUGGUAUCAACUCAAGCAUGGAAUCUUUGGUUGAAACUCAAAGUUCUCCAAAUUUCAAGAAUAUGGUUUUUCAAGCAGAUGAUAUCAUGGAAAUGGAAAACAAAUCUCCUUUAACAGGAUCAAUAACACAUUUCAUUGAUAUGCAAGAUCACAUGCUUUUAAAUGAUGAUAGCCUAUAUAAAUCUCCAGGAACUUUGACUCCUUUUAAUCAACCGAGUUUUCUUCUAACCCAAAAACAUGGUGGAAGUGUUUCAUCUUUAGAGAAAAGCAUUUCUAAACUAAGAAUCCUAGAGGCCUUUCCCUUUUCUGCUGCUUUGAAUGCUAAACUUGAAAAUUCAAAUUCCAAAUCUUUACUUGGCAUUUCCAAGAUGAAUCCCUUCAUUACAUUGAACAAAAACAACAAAUCCCCUCAACCCAAUUUUAACAACAUUAUUGGGAGUAAGACUGUGGACACGUGCAGUGUGUUGCAAAAUGACAGCAUUGCCCCUGUGCCUGUGAAAAAUGUAGAGUCUAGAAAAAGAAAAACAGAAGAUAUGAUGACUGAGAAAAUUGCUAGAAUCAAGUGGAGUUCAAGAUUCUUAACAGAAACAAAACUUCUUUCACAUUCAGUUGAUAAGAUGAAUUUGCAUGCGAUUGAUUGUUUGUUUGAUAUUCUGGAGAAGCUUCAGAUGUCAAAAACAUAUGAGCUUCUUUCUAAUGAAAUUAAGUCUCAUAUUCAACACAAAAGAAAAAUGGAAACAAGAUUGCUAUUGUGCAAAAUUUUGCAUGAGAAAGCAAAGUUGCAGCUAAUGCAUGUGAAACGAGAGAAAUUACUGAAAAAUAAGCAAUCACUUGCUUUUGGAAUUCAAGAGUCUGAAGCAUUGAAGUUGAAAUAUUCACCUCAAAAUCUACUAAAUGCUCAAGUUAUUCAUCACCAAGAGGGACAAAUUGACAAUGAGAAAGUGACUACAUUGAGUGUAGCAAUAAAAGAUACAGAUAAAAGAAUUCAAGACUUGAUACAAGCUUUUCACAUAUCAUUCAAGAUGAAACAAGAAGUUAACCCUACUGAUGCUGUUGCAUUUGUUAAUAAUCAUUUGAUGAAAAAAACACAGUGUCAAAUCAUACGCAAGGAUUUACAGCUUUGGGUUAUAGAAGAUUUAAAAAGUAGCAAAGAUCAUCAUUAUCUUGUUCUUAACUACCUUGACCUAAUGACUCAAAGGUUCAUAGUCAUUUCUGGUGUAGUCACAAGCAUUUCUGUUUCAUAUAUAUUAAAUGAAACGAAUAUAGUUAAGAGUUUCAACGAUAUGGAUGCUUUAAUUGCAUUUCGAUUUGUCUUUAAUGUUGGAUUAUCAACACAAAAACAUAUUGAUCAUACAAGUUUAGCAUAUGAAACCCAAAUGAAUAGUUCUGUUUUGGGCAAUUUGGUUGAUGUGAUGGAGGAAAUACAACUUGCAAGAAUAGAACUAAAGAACCUGAUUCAUGCAAGAUUCCACGUAUCCUUGGACAAACACCUCCAUCUGGAGCUUUACUUCUUUAAUUCAAUCAUCCGAAAAAAGGCAACAGUAACUCUAAACACUUCAUGUUUAAAAAGGGGUAUCUACCCAUCCGAGAUUCUCUCAUGUCAGAUUGAAACCCAAUCACAAAAUUCAUCUUCUUCAUCACUUUCAGAUGAAAUUACAGCUGAAAUCAAAGACCUCAAAGUGGGAUUUUUAAGGAUUUUACAGUUGUGUAAAUGCAUAUCACAGGUAAUCAACCAUUCAAGGUAAAAAAAAUAAAAAAAACUUACUCAAAAAAAAAAUGUAAUCAAGAAAAAUAUUGAAUCCAUGGUCAACCACCCGUUGAACAACUG